AUGUUGUCGGCCGAGUGGUCUUUUGUUACGCUCUACCUUCCGCCGCCACAGUCGCCGCCACCACCACCACCGUUGCCACUGCCACCGCUGUGGACUGGACUAGUGUUCUGCGAACUCUUCGCUGUGUCUCCACCACGCGUUCGUGUUUGCAGAAUGCUGAGUCGAAGUGGUGUCGCAAACGUCACGUCUGGCAAUCAUCCGCGGUGUACCAGACAGAUGGGAGGUCUGGUGGUGUAG